UUCUGAAAAUCUCCGUUUUCUCUCUCUAGCUUGAGCAAAAUCCAGGUCGCGUAGCUUGUGAUCCCGGUAUUUCUUGGCCUCCAAUCUUCUUUUCGGUUUUCCGGCGGAGCUUGGCCGGAGAAUGGCAUAUAUGUGCGCAGACAGUGGAAACUUAAUGGCAAUCGCUCAACAAGUCAUAAAGCAAAAGCAACAGCAGGAGCAGCAACAACAGCACCACCAACAACAGCAGCUCCUCGGCCUGACCUCGUUUUCUCUGAAUCCGUGGACUAGUAUUCAGCACACUGUCUCUAAUUCCACCAGUCUGGCUUACGGGCUUCCGGGUUCUGGUUUUCCGGACCCAUUUCAAGGAGAUACUGGCGAGGGGUUUCCCUUUCCUGGGAUGGACCAUCAUUCCGGUGGGUUUCGGUUUCCGGACCUGGGCGGUGGUGCUGGUGCUGAGUUUGACACGGAUGAGUGGAUGGAUAGUUUAAUGAACGCUGGAGAUUCAGCGGACAGUUCCAAUCUGCCGUCCGAUGCCUGGCAAAACAACCCGGAUUUUGGACUCUACGGUCCUGAUCCGUUUGCUACCUGCCCGACGACUCGAAUCAGUGUGGCGUGCUCUCCACCGUCUGAUCUCAACCGAGUCAUCUUCUCACCAGACACCCAGAAGACUGCGAGCGCUCUCCCAGCGUGGACCUCACCACCACCGCCGGCGCCACCGCAGGUGGUGCUUAAAGAGACGAAGCCGAACGAUGCUACGACUCAGAACCUACCAAAAAAUGAGGACGAUAUGUUGUCCCCUGGUUCCCCAGAAACCAAGUCAGCACGGCCGCUACUGAGAGAUCUACUCGAGUGUGCUCGGCUUGCUGAGUCAGAACCAGACCGUUCCGUUAAAACGCUGAUUCGACUCAGGGAAUCGGUAUCGGAAUGCGGAGAUCCAACCGAGAGGGUGGCUUUUUACUUCGCUGAAGCACUCUACAGUAGAGUCUCCCUACAAGCGGAGAAAAGACCGACGAUGCUAGAGACGACGGCGGAGGAUUUCACUCUCAGUUACAAAGCACUAAACGAUGCUUGCCCCUACUUGAAGUUCGCUCAUUUGACGGCGAAUCAAGCAAUACUCGAAGCUACAGAGCGUGCUAGCAAGAUUCACAUAGUGGAUUUCGGGAUUGUUCAGGGGGUUCAAUGGGCGGCCCUUCUGCAAGCUCUAGCGACUAGGUCCACCGGCAAACCGCUCCAAAUUCGGAUCACGGGAAUACCCGCGCCUGCUCUUGGAAAAUCUCCGGCAGCGUCUCUGUAUGCUACUGGCAACCGUCUCCGAGAUUUCGCGAAGCUUCUAGAUUUGAAUUUCGAGUUCGAACCAGUUCUCACUCCAAUCCAGGAGCUUAAUGGGUCUUUUUUCCGGGUUGAGCAAGACGAGGUACUGGCUGUCAACUUCAUGCUUCAAUUAUACAAUUUGCUCGAUGAGACUUCAGCGGCGGUGGAGACGGCUCUCCGGUUGGCCAAGUCGUUGAACGCGGAAAUCGUGACUCUAGGUGAGUAUGAAGCGGGUCUAAACCGGGUCGGAUAUUUCCACCGAUUCAAGAACGCCUUGAGGUACUACUCUGCACUGUUUGAAUCCCUGGAGCCAAACUUGACCCGUGACUCACCUGAUAGACUUCAAGUGGAGAGACUAUUGCUCGGCCGCAGAAUCGCCAGCGUAAUUGGACCAGAGGCACCGGAAACCAGAAGGGAACGCAUGGAGGAAACAGAAGAAUGGAAGCUCUUAAUGGAAAAUUCAGGUUUUGAAUCCGUGCCCCUCAGCCAUUACGCAGUCAGCCAGGCUAAAAUCCUUCUGUGGAACUACAAUUACUGUUCUCGGUAUUCACUGAUUGAAUCUCAACCUGGCUUUCUCUCUUUAGCGUGGAACAAGGUGCCACUUUUCACAGUUUCUUCUUGGCGCUGAUGGGUUUAGCUUUGAUUUGAUCCAAGUUUCCACCUGGUAAUUUUUCUCUAGUGUGGAACAAUUUCAUGCCCAUUCCGCCAUCGAUAAACUGCAUUAUAGUCCCUGGUAAGGUUGUGGGGGUUACUACAUCUUAAUUUUUGCAUUUUGAUCUUUAAACUUUCGUUUCAUGACUCUGGAUUUUUGUUUUCUCUGUUUUUUUGUCAAGAUUUUGAAUAGGUUUGGAUCUCUUUGUUGAGUAUUUCUAAUUGUAUGAAAAGGGGGAAAUUGAAAUCAAGCAUAACUGCAUAAGAGUGUUCACUGAUUCUUUUUCCCCUCAAGUCUGUACUGUAUAUAAACCUGAUAUUAACGUGCAAGUUUCACUGUUUCAGGUUCUCUUUUCUAUAGCUUUUCUUGUGCACUGGUGUCCUCUUUCUUUCCUCUAGUUAAAACUUAUAAAGACAUUCAGUUCAA